CUGUACAAAGCGAAAGACAGGGGGCGCCAAAUUGUCACAUCAUAUACUCUAGAGGGCGCAGCUGCCUCUAUGAACACAACAUGCGCUUAUCGAGCCAUGUGAGACAGCUGAAUCAAAAAAACGCCAUCCUCCGACAUACACCUGACACAGCGGAGCACAUCUCUUCCAUGUGUUUUGAAGUGAAGAGUAGCUAGCAUUUCAGAUGAUAUGUAGUAAUAUAAGAGAGGCGGGGAUGUGGUUUAUUCGCGAUGGGAAAUGUUUUCGGCAGACAGGGACGCCGCAGUCGAGUGACAGAACAGGACAGGGCGAUAUUGCAACUGAAACAGCAGAGAGAUAAACUGAAACAAUAUCAGAAGAAAAUCACAUUACAGCUGGAGAAAGAGAGACGUCUGGCCAAACUGCUCCUGGAGGAUGGCAAGAAAGAACGAGCUCUUCUGCUGCUCAAAAAGAAACGCUACCAAGAUCGCCUGCUGGACAAGACCGAGAUCCAGAUAGCCAACCUGGAGCGCAUGGUUCAAGAUAUUGAAUUUAUUCAGAUUGAAGUAAAGGUCAUCGAGGGUUUAAAAGCUGGAAAUGACUGUCUCAAGCAAAUGCAUGAGGUCAUGUCGAUUGAGGAGGUGGAGAGAAUCCUGGAGGAGACGCAAGAGGCCAUUGAGUAUCAGAAGCAAAUUGAUGAACUGCUGGCGGGUUCGUUGACACUGGAGGAUGAGGAUGCUGUGUUAGCUGAGCUGGAGGCCAUCACUCAGGGAGAAGAUAUAACCCUUCCAGAAUUACCCACAGAUCCAUUGCCAGCGGUGCCUACGGGGGAGACAGGGAGAAAAGAGGCACAAAUCAAGCCGGAGCGAGAGAUGCUGGCAGCGUAAUGUUUGAUCUUACAACCUGGCUCAUCACUCUGUUUUUAAUGAAAAGAAGAGCUAGGGGAAUAUAAUUGACAGAAAAGAAGGCUUUCGUGGGAUAUUUAAUAGGCUUGCAUCAGAAGCAGUGCUCUCACGUUUAUGGAAAACUUGGAAAUGUCAGGGAAUUUUACAUUUUUGGACUUAAUAUGUUCUUCUAUUAAAACGCCUGUUGUUAGUUUUAGUAUGUUUAUUGGAUAUUGUAGUUCCUAUUUGAUUUGUUUUUGCUAAAAUAUAUGAACUAUGAGCACUUUUAAGUAGCAAAUUUAGAUACUUUUACAUAAAAGCAUAUUUACAGAUGUGUUUUAAAUAAUGUGUUUUUUAGCCUAUUCAUGUGUGCAAACCCUUUAAGAGUUGGGGUUAAAAUCUGUGUAUUCUACAAUGUGUAAACUACACUGAUUUCAUGGUUUUGCCACUUGGAGGUGUGUUAGCAUCUCAUGACCACCAGGGGGCUCUUAAUAUCACUAAUUGAGAGGAAAUAAAUCUGUGCUGACAGAUGCAAACUGCCAAUCCUCUUCCGAUAGCUCAGUUUGUGUUGAAUGUAACCCUUCUGUUCAUGUAUGGAAGCAUUUAUAUACAUAUAUGAAUCUGCCCAUGUUAUUUUAUGUCUAAUACUGUAAUUAUAAAGGAUUUUCCUCUGACUCUAUAUCAAGGAGCUUUAAAUUUAUAUAUA